AUGGACCAGUCGUCCCCAGCCUACAUGCUCGCCAACCUAACCCACCUGCACUCUGAGCAGCUCCUGCAGGGCCUGAACCUCCUUCGCCAGCACCACGAGCUCUGCGACAUCGUCCUGAGGGUCGGCGACGCCAAGAUCCACGCCCACAGAGCCGUGCUGGCCAGCAUCAGCCCCUACUUCAAGGCCAUGUUCACGGGGAACCUCUCGGAGAAGGAGAACUCGGAGGUGGAGUUCCAGUGCGUGGAGGAGGCGGCCCUGCAGGCCAUCGUGGAGUACGCCUACACCGGCACCGUCUUCAUCUCCCAGGACACGGUGGAGUCGCUGCUGCCGGCCGCCAACCUGCUGCAGGUGAAGCUGGUGGUGCAGGAGUGCUGCGCCUUCCUGGAGAGCCAGCUGGAACCCGGGAACUGCAUCGGCAUCGCCCGCUUCGCCACCUCGGCCGGCCGCGGCCUCUGCCUGGCUGCCAACAAGUACAUCUGCCAGCACUUCGAGGAGGUGUGUCAGACGGAGGAGUUCCUGGAGCUGACGCGCGCCGAGCUGGAUGAGAUCGUCUCCAACGACUGCCUGAACGUGGUGACGGAGGAGACGGUGUUCCACGCCCUGGAGGCCUGGGUGAAGUACGACGUGCGGGAGCGGCAGAAGCACCUGGCCCAGCUCCUGCACUGCGUCCGCCUGCCGCUGCUCAGCGUCAAGUUCCUCACCCGGCUGUACGAGGCCAACCACCUCAUCCGGGACGACCACCCUGCAGACUGCACCUGCAAGCGCCUGCGGAACGAGUCCCGCAAGUACCACUUCAUGCCGGAGCACAGGCUCUCCCACCAGACCGUGCUGAUGACGCGGCCACGCUGCGCCCCCAAAGUCCUGUGUGCCGUGGGGGGCAAGGCCGGGCUCUUCGCCUGCUUGGAGAGCGUGGAGAUGUACUUCCCCCAGAACGACUCCUGGAUCGGGCUGGCUCCCCUCAGCAUCCCCCGCUACGAGUUCGGCAUCUGCGUCCUCCACCAGAAGAUCUACGUCGUGGGGGGCAUCGCCACCCACGUGUGCCAGGGCAUCAGCUACCGCAAGCACGAGAGCUCGGUGGAGUGCUGGGACCCCGACACCAACACCUGGACGGCCCUGGGCAGGAUGUGCGAGAGCCGGAGCACGCUGGGCGUGGCCGUGCUGGCCGGGGAGCUCUACGCCCUGGGCGGCUACGACGGGCAGUCCUACCUGCGGACGGUGGAGAAGUACAUCCCCAAGGUGCAGGAGUGGCAGCCCGUGGCCCCCAUGAACAAAACCAGGAGCUGCUUUGCGGCGGCCGUCCUGGACGGGAUGAUCUACGCCAUCGGCGGCUACGGGCCCGCCCACAUGAACAGCAUGGAGCGCUACGACCCCAGCAAGAACUCGUGGGAGACGGUGGCUCCCAUGGCCGACAAGCGCAUCAACUUCGGCGUGGGCGCCAUGCUGGGCUUCAUCUUCGUGGUGGGGGGGCACAACGGUGUCUCCCACCUGUCCAGCAUCGAGAGGUACGACCCCCACCAGAACCAGUGGACCGUCUGUCGACCCAUGAAGGAACCCAGGACAGGUGUCGGCGCGGCUGUGAUCGAUAACUGCCUGUACGUCGUUGGGGGUCACUCGGGGUCCUCCUACCUGAACACUGUCCAGAAGUACGACCCCAUCUCAGACACCUGGCUGGACUCUGCUGGCAUGAUGUACUGUCGAUGCAAUUUUGGCUUGACUGCACUUUGA